CUCCAACCCGGUGGGUCGCGGCGCCGCGCACUCGCUCCCGGGUCACGAGCAUGACGGGCCGAGCCGGAGGGUCCGCGCGCGCUCUGGUCGCCGCGCUGCUGGCGCCGGCGCUGGUGGCGCUGCUGGUGGCGCCGGCGCGGGGCCGGGGCGGCCGGGGUCACGGCGACUGGGACGCCGCCGCGCCGCUGCCGCCACUGCCGCCCCGCGAGGACGCGGCGCGCGUGGCCCGCUUCGUGACGCACGUGUGCGACUGGGGCGCGCUGGCCACGGUGUCGGCGGAGCCCGCGGUGCGCGGCCGGGCGUUCGCCGACGUGCUGUCGCUCAGCGACGGGCCCCCGGGCGCGGGCCGCGGCGCGCCCUACUUCUACCUGAGCCCGCUGCAGCUGUCGGCCGGCAACCUGCGGGAAAAUCCACAUGCUACGCUGACCAUGUCUUUGGCACAGACGAACUUCUGCAGGAAGCAGGGAUUUGAUCCCCAAAGUCCCCUCUGUGCUCACAUAAUACUGUCAGGAACUGUUACCAAGGUGAACCAGACGGAAAUGGGCUUUGCUAAGCAUUCCCUGUUUGUCCGACACCCUGAGAUGAAAACCUGGCCGUCCAGCCAUAAUUGGUUCUUUGCCAAGUUGAAUAUAACCAACAUCUGGGUCCUGGACUACUUUGGUGGACCAAAAAUAGUGACACCUGAAGAAUAUUAUAAUGUCACAUUUCAGUGAAGCAGACACGGCGUCUUGAACAACACCCCGGAGGUGGCUGUGGAUGGCUUAUGCACACCUGAAGGCCUUAAUGUUUCUCUGUAGAACAUUUCCCAGAUGGGUUUGUUGGCUUUGCUUGCUUGCUUGUUUACAAAAUAGAGUUGCACUAUUCCUGGAUUUCUUGGAAGAUGUGGUUGCUAGAAUAUAUAUAUAUAUAUUUUUUUUGCAAAUUUUGAAGCCAAUUUCUUAGAGGGAUAUCUUUCAUUAUGAUCAAGGAAGUUUUAUUCCAUCCAUUCCAAAUAGUUUUCCAGCAGUGCUCCUUGAAGGGAAGCCAGUGCUGGAUUUAGACGGCGCACUGGCCUUUGAAGGCGCUGGAACACGUGUUCUUACUUCCUGGAAGCCACAGUGCUGGGGAGUGGGCCUCAGCCCACCGUGGCUCUGCCCAAGCUGCCUAGCCCGGCGGUGGGGCUGACCUGUGUGACUGUGCACGUGCGUAAUCACGCCACACCCUCCUCUUUGUGGUCCAUUCGUGCCUGACAGUCUUGGGGAGUUGUUGAUCCAACAUAGGGCAAAACUAUGUCUUACAAAGGUUUUUUUUUUUUUUUUCACUUUUCAAAUUAAAGUGAUAAUUGCCUGGAACAGAAGAAGUUCAUAAAUCUUUCCUGAUUUUGAUUUCCCCAUUAAAGUGGACACUAUAAUCUGUGUCCUCCACUCAAAAUACACACCCACAUAUAUGUACACUUUAUUUUAUUUUUCUUCCCCAAAUGGGCUUGCAAAAGAAGAAAGGAUGCAGGGAAUUUUGUGUGUCAUUUUCUGGUGUUCUGUUUAAGUAGAGUUUACCAGGCAUAGACCAGCUUAAGCCAGUCCCCAAACCCACUGCCCCCAGCUGCACUUUGUAGCUUUUUAAAGAAUGCCGCUCUCAGCAGGGGGCCGCGGCCGCUCAAAAUCUUUAAAUGGCUUCUGUGCUAUUACUACCUAAGUCAGGUCAUGAGGGAGAAGAUAACGUUAAAGAAAAAAAAUCACAUUUCUUCAGAAAAGAAGAAACUGGUUUUAUUAUCUGCACACAUGGUUUCAGAAGAUGAGGGAAGACCCUUCAAGAGGCGUGUCAGGAACCAAGCUGCCGGAUCCUUACAUGGC